AUGCGUGCGCGAUGUUGGUGCUUACAGAUGAUGUCUGCUCCUUGGACCGCAUGGAUAUUCUGGCUCCUUCUGCUGCCAUCAUGGAUCUCCAUGGCCGGAGGGAUGACUUUGAAUCAGAUCAAUGACCUUAGGACCGACACUGAACAUAUGUUCUACCAUGGCUUUAACAAUUACAUGAAACAUGCCUUUCCAGAGGACGAGCUACGCCCGCUGACUUGUCGCCCCUUGGUUCGCGACCGUGCAAAUCCAGCGCACAUCGAACUGAACGAUGUCCUGGGGAACUACUCCCUGACCUUGAUCGAUAGUCUGUCCAGCCUCGCGAUAAUGUCAUCGAGCAAUGACAGUGGUGCUAUAGCGUGGGCUCACUUCCAGGCCGGGGUGAAGGAUUUGGUCAGACUUUAUGGAGAUGGCUCGGAGGGCCCUGCUGGACAGGGCGAGAGGGCUCGUGGAUUUGAUAUGGACAGCAAGGUUCAAGUCUUUGAGACCGUUAUCAGAGGCCUAGGUGGACUGCUCAGCGCCCAUAUCUUCGCCGUCGGUGACCUUCCUAUAAGAGGAUACCACCCUCUAGACACAGAAGCAGCCUUUGCACAGGCAUGGGACAAAGGUUCUUUUUCCGAGCAUGAUCAUGGUAUCCAAUGGGAAAACGGGUUUGUCUACGAUGGCCAGCUCCUAAGACUUGCUGUGGAUUUGGCGAACCGCAUUCUACCCGCCUUCUACACUGAGACGGCUAUUCCUUACCCGCGCGUCAACUUGCGGUAUGGGGUCCCGUUCUAUGAAAACUCUCCACUGAAUUUGGAUCCUGUUUGUGAGAAGACGGGUGACAGGUCUUGCCAAAAAAGACGCCAGGGAAUACCUGAGAUCACAGAGACUUGCAGCGCGGGCGCUGGUAGUCUUGUCCUCGAAUUUACCGUUCUGAGCAGGCUCACUGGAGACGGUCGAUAUGAAGAGUUGGCUAAAAGAGCAUUUUGGGCUGUUUGGGCCAGAAGAAGCGAUAUUGGCUUGAUUGGUUCAGGCAUCGAUGCCGAAUCCGGCAAAUGGGUGCAUUCUUAUACUGGAAUUGGUGCCGGGAUUGACAGUUUUUUUGAAUACGCCUUCAAAUCCCAUAUCUUACUAUCUUCUGGCGAUCGCUCCCCCUCGAAUAGCGAGAGCCCUUGGUCAAUAUGGGACAACUAUUAUAUACCUUUAAGCGAGUACGAACAUUCUGCCGACGCCUUCCUUCACGUAUGGGAAGAGUCGCAGGCCUCAAUCAAACACCACCUGUACAGAGGCGAAGGGUAUCAACACCCUCAUUUUAUCCAGGGUGACUUGUUCACAGGCGCCACUCGUGCCUUCUGGAUGGACAGCCUCAGCGCGUACUAUCCCGGCCUUUUGGCGUUGGCAGGAGAGCUCGAGGAUGCCACUGGGAUUCAUCUACUCACAACUGCGGUAUGGACUCGAUUCGCCGGUCUUCCCGAGAGAUGGAACGUUGCCACUGGGGAUAUAGAAGGUGGCCUGACCUGGUGGGGUGGUCGUCCAGAGUUCAUCGAAUCGACCUACUAUCUUUACCGAGCUACCAAGGAUCCAUGGUAUUUGCAUGUAGGGGAAAUGGUUUUGCGAGAUAUCAAGAGGCGAUGCUGGACUAAAUGCGGUUGGGCGGGCCUCCAAGAUGUUCGGAAUGGUGAAUUGAGCGAUCGGAUGGAGAGCUUCUUCCUUGGAGAAACUGCCAAGUACUUGUUUCUUCUUUUCGAUCCCAGUCAUCCAUUAAACACCCUGGAUGCCCCCUUUGUGUUUUCCACCGAGGGCCAUCCCCUCAUUGUGCCCAAGCGCCUUUCUUCGGACCGUUCUCGCCGUAGUCGUGAAAAAUUCUCCGACGAGAAUACUUCUCAGGCGACAUGUCAGAUACCCCCUCUACCCUCCGGUCUAGGCGUAUCGUCAACCGCGGCGCGUCCGGAUAUUUUCCAUGCAGCGAGUCUUGCACGUUUACAUCUCAUGCCGGGUCGGGGUGGAGCUGAAGGCGCUCUACUAGAUUAUGCUUAUGAUCACCCUAGCGUUUCGCUGGCCGAUCUACAAUCACCCAGCAACUACACAUUCUACCCUUGGACAUUGCCACCAGAGCUUGUUCCGUCCAACGGAAUGAGUUCCCCAAUGACCACUCGUCCAACGCUUGAUAUCUCAUUCCCAGCCCUCCCCGGCGUGGUUGCAGGCCCGGGAUCUCUUGAGCGUGUUCGUGAGGGUAUUUUGAUUAAGAACAUUGGCGGCCUUCGGCUGAGUAUGAUCCAAGACCUGCUCUUGUUAAGUUCCUUCGACGGGACUACGACCGAAGGCUUCCGAGUGCAAGUGAUCAACAGUGUACCUUUGGGAAAAGAUGAGAAGGUAUACUUGUCUCACGAAGUUACGUUUGAGGUUUUGGAUCCCACCGAUCCCAACUUCACUUGCGUACGUGACUCGAAUAUUGUUGACAUCGUCGUUGACGUUGGUCCAGAGCCUUUUCGCAAAGUAAACGAUUCACAUGGCCACGGAGAAAAGGGGGCAGUAGCAGGCCUCGAAUCAACGCAACAGCAAUCUAUGACAUUCGACGACAAAAUUGGAGGGAUCACCUCGGCACCAUCCUCUUCAUCAAGUAUGAGGACUGUUUUAUCAUCAUUAAUGAGCCACGUUUCUUCUUUGCUCCGCGAUGAGAGUCCAUCAGGCUCAACGAAAUCGCCAAAAAAAACAUCAUCAUCAUCGCGACUCGUCAUUCCAGCUACGUUACCCACAGGGCUGGGCUCGGCGCCGCUUCCCGACGUCCCAGAUGCUUCCGUGGCCUUCUUUCCGCGUGAUUCGCCUGCUCGUCGUCUGUCCUGGUCUACUAUCUUCUUUGUUGACGAACUUUGUGAUGAACGCCUGCCCAAAGAAGUGGUGCAAACCCACCAGGUUCUCGUCAUCAAACGUGGCGGCUGCAGCUUUUCACAAAAACUGAAAAACAUCGCAGCGUAUCCGCCCUCGCGCUCGGCUUUGAAACUUGUCAUCGUUGUUUCAUAUGACGAUGAUGAUGACGACCCCGAUCUUCCCGUGGCAGCGGCGCAGAAAGACCCCCCAAUAGACUCCACUCAAAGCAAGUCGCCACGGUCAUCGACACCCCAACAACUCGCCGCGCACCGCGCAGAGCCCUAUCUCGUCCGGCCGUAUCUGGACGAACCGCAGAUGACAACAGGGGGCAUCCCACGCCAUCAUCUCAUCAGCAUGGCGAUGGCUGGCGGUGGGGAGGAGACUUAUGAGCUCCUCCGCCGCGCAACUUCCGUGGGUAUCAAGCGGCGGUACACGGUGCAUUCCCAGGGUGUUCCAAUCAAUAACUUGUUUAUUAUAUAA